AUGGAUAUCACACCACAACGCCAGCACGAUAUAGGAAUGAAUAGCAUCGAUUUGGGUCGGUAUAGACGGAUCGUUCAAUAUUUCUGGGAUCCGGUACCUAGAAAUGAAGAGGGCCCAGGCUCUCGUAUCUGGUGCCUCGGGAACGAAUACAUAACACCAGACUACAACGUCGGUACAAGGAACGAUGAUAUGAACAUCUCACAGUCGCAUUCACCAGCGGGGUGUGAUUCGUCCAGCCCGAGAACGGCAUGCGAUGCGAGUGAGCCGCCUGAUAUCAAGACUCCGCCGUCAGGCGAGGCAAGCGACCACGGCUGGCCAUCGGCCUUUUUAGAUGACUUCGAAUCAAGAAUCUGGCUCACCUAUCGGUCCAACUUUCCUCCCAUUCCCAAGUCCGAAGAUCCUAAUGCAGCCCCAUCGAUGACACUGAGUGUCCGCCUGAGAAGCCAGCUUGUCGAAUCCCAUGGAUUUACGUCAGAUACAGGAUGGGGUUGCAUGAUUCGCUCGGGCCAAAGUCUCCUUGCCAACGCAUUGUCCAUUUUAUCGUUGGGUCGCGGUAUGAAACAAAUAUUUUCCAAAGACCUUAGUGGCAGCUUACAACGGAUGCACGAAGCUGAUAUUUACAGACUGGCGCCGUGGGACGAUGAUCGAGGAGGAGAAGCAUUAUCCCGCGAGUGUAGAGAUGCCGGACUGAAUGUCUACGUUACCAGCGAUAGCUCGGACGUCUACGAGGAUAAAUUCAAGGAGAUUGCUUGUGGCGAGUCAGACCACAUCAAACCCACUCUGAUAUUGCUUGGGAUCAGGCUAGGGAUUGACCGUGUCACGCCCGUAUACUGGCGAAGCCUCGAAGCAAUCUUAAAGCACCCCCAGUCAGUGGGGAUUGCCGGUGGUCGACCGUCGGCGUCCCACUAUUUUGUGGGAGUCCAGAACUUGCAUUUCUUUUAUCUCGACCCUCACCAUACCCGUCCUGCACUACCCUACCGCGGACUUGGGUGCCCUUACACAAAAGAAGAGCUUGAUUCCUGCCAUACGCGUCGACUCAGGAGGCUACACAUUCAGGACAUGGAUCCCAGCAUGUUGAUUGGGUUCCUUAUCAAGGAUGAAGACGAUUGGGCUGAUUGGAAGCGGCGCAUCUCUUCGACUGAAGGAAAGGCCAUUAUUCAUGUCUUUAGCACGGAGGCGGGAACCUCGUCAGGACAUGAACGGGAGGGUGCACUAGAUGAAGUAGAAGCACUGGACGACGAUGACACCUGCAUACCGGAAAGUUGA